AUGGUCAAGGAAGGUGAAUCGUCAGUCUUUCAUCUGGCUCUUGGUAUUAGUAAUAUUAAGAAUGAUAUUCCUCUCAUUCUUGAUCGUGAAAAAGUUCAAUAUUCCAAUUGGGUUGAGUUAUUUGAGUGUCAUGCUCAUGCUUUUGAUGUCCCUGAUCAUAUUGACCCAAAAACACCUCGUCCUGCUGACCUUUCCGACGCUAUGUGGAAAAGGCUUGAUUCCGUUGUCAAGAAUUGGAUUUAUGGGGAUACGGCACAACAAGUUUGGGAUAAACUUAAGGAAAUAUUUCGAGAAAAUAAAACCACUAGGGUGGUUUAUCUGGAAAAGCAAUUUAAUCAAUUGCACCUGUCAAAAUUCUCUUACAUCUCUUCUUAUCGUCGAGAAUUAAACGUGCCGGAGCAAAAACUCGUAAUUCGACUAGUUUCGGGGUUAGUGAAUACAGAUUUUGAUACCGUUGCUGCGAUGAUACAACAAACUACCCCGUUGCCUUCAUUCGAAACAACGAGUUCUCGAUUGUUACUUGAGGAGUCAAGGCGAGCCAAUGACUCAUCGUCACAGGCAUCCUCUUUUGUGGCUCAAUCUGGAAACACUACGAGUUCGACGGCCCCACAACAGCACCAAGCGGCACUGGCCGGUCAAGGUGGCGGCUCUAGUGGCCGUGGUCGUGGUCGCGGCCGAGGUCGAGGCAAGGGUUGUGGCCGAGGUUCUCCACAACAGCAGCAGCAACAAUCACAACAGCAACCUCCUUAA